AGGAGGUCUCAAUGCCAUGGGCAGGGGCAACUUGGACUGCAGGGCGUGGGAAGGACUGGGGAAGACUGGGGUGAGAAGGGUAGAAGAGGGCAGGUGGUGGGAUGGGGAGGGGAGAGUGGGGAGGCCCAGGGCAGACCCUGACAGAAGGGAAACAGGGCAGAGUGUGGUUUCACCGCUGGCAGGGCCAGGCAAGCUAUGUGGCCUCAGCUGCUCCUCUUACUGCUGGCCCCACGGGGUGGGCAUGGCUGCCAAGGGCCAGAGCUGGACAGGGAAAUUGUCCUGGCCAAGGUGAGGGCCCUGUUCCUCGAUGCCUUGGGACCCCCAGCGGUGACUGGGGAAGGUGGGGAUUCUGGAGUCAGGCGCCUGCCCCGAAGACACGCUGUGGGGGGCUUCAAGCACAGGGGCUCUGAGCCCGAGGAGGAGGAUGUCUCCCAGGCCAUCCUUUUCCCGGCUACAGGUGCCAGCUGUGGGGAUGAGCCAGCUGCUGGAAAGCUGGCCCAGGAGGCCGAGGAGGGCCUCUUCACAUAUGUGUUCCGGCCAUCUCAGCACACACGCAACCGCCAGGUGACUUCGGCCCAGCUGUGGUUCCACACAGGACUGGACAGGCAGGAGACAGCAGCUGCCAAUAGCUCUGGGCCCUUGCUAGGUCUGCUGGCACUGUCAUCCGGGGGCCCUGUGGCUGUGCCCAUGUCGCUGGGCCAGGCACCUUCUCGCUGGGCUGUGCUGCACCUGGCCGCCUCUGCCUUCCCUCUGCUGACCCACCCUGUCCUGGUGCUACUGCUUCAUUGUCCUCUCUGUUCCUGCUCGGCCCGGCCUGAGGCCACCCCCUUCCUGGUGGCACACACACGGGCCAGGCCACCCAGUGGAGGGGAGAGAGCCCGACGCUCCACUUCCCCGCUGCCUUGGCCUUGGUCUCCUGCUGCACUGCGCCUGCUACAGAGGCCUCCAGAGGAACCCGCCGCCCUUGCCGACUGCCACAGAGCGGCCCUCAACAUCUCCUUCCAGGAGCUGGGCUGGGACCGGUGGAUCGUGCACCCUCCCAGUUUCAUCUUCCACUAUUGUCACGGGGGCUGUGGGCUGCCCACCCUGCCAGACCUGCCCCUGCCAGUCCCCGGGACUCCUCCUACCCCUGUCCAGCCCCUCUCUUUGGUGCCAGGAGCCCAGCCCUGUUGUGCUGCUCUCCCGGGGACCAUGAGGCCCCUAAGUGUCCGCACCACCUCAGAUGGAGGUUACUCUUUCAAGUAUGAGACGGUGCCCAACCUUCUCACGCAGCACUGUGCUUGCAUCUAAGGGAGUCCAGAGGGUGGCCAAGCCCCCACCAUCACCAGCCUGGAAGAAGGGCAGAGUUCAGAAAAUAGAUGGUUCCCACCUCCCCUCUCCUUCUGCCUGGAGGCUCCCCUCCCCACCCCAUCCCACAGGUGACAUGACAAUAAACAACAUGGUGCAUACAA